AUGAAGCAGGUGCCGAGAGUGCAGAUCAACCAUGUUCCAAGGAAAGAGAACACGAGGGCUGAUAUCUUGUCAAAGUUAGCAAGUACCAAGAAACCAGGAAACAACAAGUCAGCGAUUCAGGAAGUCUUAAACAGUCCCAGCAUUGAAAAUGAAGAAGUUAUGGCAAUUCCAAUAGUGAUAGAUCAAGAUUGGAUGGGUCGAAUCAAGUUGUGCUUAGAGGCUGAGGGGGCUGAUUUGCUUUUAUUUACUAAGGAUCAGAUUCGAGAAGCAAGUCACUACACCCUUUUGGGCGAUCAAUUGUAUAGAAGGGGAGUCAGAGUUCCACUGUUGAGGUGUGUUUCCAAAGAAGAGGCUGGCAGAAUCAUGUUUGAAGUGCAUGAGGGAGUGUGUGCAAGCCACGUAGGUGAAAGAUCUUUAGCAGCAAAAGUCUUAAGAGCAGGGUUUUACUGGCCAACACUGAGGUCAGAUUGUAUGGAAUAUGCAAAGAAGUGUGAAAAGUGUCAGAUGUAUGCAGAUUUGCAUAGAGCACCGCCGGAGACGUUGAGUUCAAUGAGUUCAUCAUGGCCAUUUGCAAUGUGGGGUGGGGAUAUCUUGGGGCCUUUUACUCCAGCAGACAAUGGGACACAGUUUACUAACAGAAGUGUGAAAGAUUUUUGUGCAGAAAUGGGUAUUGAGAUGCGUUUCGCCUCGGUGGAACAUCCACAAUCAAAUGGACAGGUAGAGUCCGCAAAUAAAGUGAUAUUGAAUGGAGUUAAAAAGCGUUUGGGCGAAGCAAAAGGGUUAUGGGCAAAUGAAUUGAUUACCGUCAUUUGGGCGUACAAUACAACUCCACAGUCUACAACUGGCGAAACACCUUUCAAGUUAACUUAUGGGGUUGAUGCUAUGAUUCCAGUGGAAGUUCAAGAUGUAACGUUCAGGGUGGCAACGUAUAAUGAAGAACAGAACGAUAUGAAUAGACUUGUUGAUUUGAAUUUGGCUUAUGAAACUCAGGCAGAGGUUCGUUUGAGACAGGCAGUGGUAAAGCAAAGGUCAGAAAGGCGAUACAAUACAAGGGUGGUUCCAAGGCAGAUGGAGGUAGGAGAUUUGGUGUUGAGAAGAAAGACAAGAGGACUAGAUGAUUCAAAGUUGUCACCAAAUUGGGAAGGACCUUAUAGAAUUCGGAGAGAGUUGGGACAAGGGGCGUAUCAUUUGGAAGAAUUGUCUGGGCGAAGGGUACCGAGGGCUUGGAACGCACAACAUCUUCGUUACUAUUACAGUUGA